CACAUCGUUGCAAAAAUCAGGCCAAGGCGCAUCUCUUUGGAUAGAAUCACCCGCGCCACAUAUGCCUACAGCUCGUCCAUGCAGAAGCGCUUGCCGCACGCGAUGAGCCUCUGUCGGCGGUGUCUUGCAGUCUCGCGCGGCCUGCAUAACCCCCUCGCUGGAGCAGUCGGGAGGAAAGAUGCAGCAUCAUCAUGGCGCCAGUGGCGACCAUUGUCGAGCACGGGAGAAGGGUCGUCAGCUGUCGAUACAUCGGCGACUUUGCUGACGGCAUCGCUGCUGCUGCAGCAUGCGAGAAGAAUGUCCAGCUCAUCGAACGCACGAUCACACGAGAAUCCUCUUGGUCUUCCUCGCAACAAUGUCCGGCCGGCACCGAAAAUGCCAAGCAGGGGUGGAGGUCCGCCGAAGCGUCGACCGAUACCGCACGUCAAGAAGGUGAUCGUCGUGUCAUCUGGUAAAGGGGGAGUCGGCAAAAGCACCAUUGCAGCUAAUCUGGCCGUCGCGCUUUCCUUCACUUCGCCGUCGCAGUCGAAUGCAGCGGGAGAUGGAGAAGGGCACAGGCGGAAGCAGCAGCGACGAAGGCGCAUCGGUCUCCUAGAUCUGGACGUCUUUGGACCGUCCGUGCCGAAGUUGAUGGGGCUGCAGAAUGCAGGGGAACCCGAGCUGUCAGCGCAGGGCGCCUUGCUUCCUCUGUACAGUCACGGAGUGGCCUGCAUGAGCAUGGGUUUCCUUCUGCCGCCAAGCGCGCAGCCGAAGGACCUGCUCGAAGGUGCUGCGACCGCGGAAGGUGGGAAUGAAGAUACGCCCGUCGUCUGGAGGGGCAUGAUGGUCAUGAAAGCGGUGCAGCAGCUGUUGUUCGAUGUCGACUGGCGCGCAUCAACCGGCAGCUCCGGACCACACGCCGCCCCUCAUCCAUCGUCAGGGGAAAAUAUCGGUGCAGAUGAAGGUGGCGACAGCCUCGACGUGCUCGUGAUUGACAUGCCGCCAGGUACGGGAGACGUGGCUCUCAGUCUGUCGCAGCUUGUUCAGGUUGACGCGGCAGUCGUCGUCAGCACUCCGCAAGAGGUGGCGCUCCUCGACGCGCGAAAGGGCGUAAGCCUGUUCAGAAAGACCAACGUCCCUAUCGCCGGCCUGAUUCUCAACAUGUCGCACUUUAUCUCGCCAGACACGGGCAAGAACUUCCUGCUCUUUGGCUCCUCCGCCGCGUUCGACGCCCUUGCGCAACGCCUGCACGUCCCCAUCCUGGGCCGCGUCCCGCUCGAGCCUGCGCUCAGCGCCGCAGGAGAUUGCGGUCAACCGGCUGCGCUUGCGCUUGCGUUCCACCGACAAUCUUCUGCGGAUGCUGAUGCGGAGCGUGGGGACGAACACGACAUUGCGGGUGAGAAGUCGUCGUCUGUGCCGCAGACAGCGAAUGUCUUCGCAGACAUCGCAAGGCAGCUGGUUUGAACGUUGGAUGUUGGUGUACUAUGUUUCCAACGACAGAUGCAUUAUAUGGGCCAUGUCGGAUGCAAGCAAUGGGCGAACACAAACCCCUGCAAUGUAUAUAUCACCUAUCUCACUGUACUCCAUGGACAGAC